CUCGAUUUAUAACCCUAAUAGGCUAAUACUAGUUAAGUUGCAGACAAUUUGGGGUUCAUCGGUGAGCUCGUGAAAAAUGAGAGAGGAGGCGGAUGAGAAUGAGACGAUACAACCCACAUUUCCAUCGGGUCGGAUAAAGAGGAUGAUGAAAUUAGACAAAGACAUCAAGAAAAUAAACUCAGAAGCUCUGUUUCUCGUAUCCUGCUCACUGGAUCUCUUCAUGGAAUCACUGGCCAAAAGAUGUGCUCUAGUUGCCAUUGAGAAGAAGCGUAAGACUGUUAAUCUGGACUACCUCAGAAUUGCGGUUAAAAGGCACCAACCUACCUCUGAUUUCCUCCUGGAUUCCUUACCAAUGCCCUCUGCUAAAUCACCGCCACUGCCAACUCGCCCUUCCGAUGAUAAGCUGCUUCCACCUCGCACUCGCCGCAUCGAUCAUAUCUUUCACAAGGCGGCUUCUUAGAGAGCAUGCCUUGAGUUGGUGGAUGGUUGCUACUUGAUCCCAAAUUGUUGUAUACUUAAAGUAAGUUCUCUGUCUAGAGGCGCAGCGCUGCCAUGGCUUCUAUGUAUGCUUUUGUUAGGAAGAUGCCUAUUGCUUGUGCCUGGGCUGGGCCCGAACAAACUUUCUUGUUCAAAUUCCAAAUUUUGUACCUUUUUCUUUUCCUAUGAAAGUUAAGCAAUCAUUAGUAAACAGAACAGAUAUUUUGUGAAAAUUAUGAUGUCAUCAUCUGUUAUAUUUAAUAAUUCAUAUUCAUAUAUAUAAGUUGCUAAUUAUCAAUGAAAAAUAUAAACAUAGAGGUUCUUGCUUGUGUUUAUCUAUUAAACAAUAUUAAGAAUAUAUUCAAACCUUCUCCCUUUGCUUCUUCUCCUCCUUUUCUCAGCACAUUGUAUUGUUCUAACAUUGCCAAUAGAGGAAUCUGAUAAGGAACAUAUAUUUUUUAUCAGCAUGUUUACCAUAGCAUAGAAGCACACAUAGUUGGAAGCUUAUUAGUUAUAUGCAUAUUGUGAUGACUCAGCAAUGAACAUAAAUUUUUAAGUAAAGAACAAGGUUGCAGAAUGCAUACUUUGCCUUCAUGUGAACAAGUAUGAUCACUAUUUACACAAGCUUUGAACUCAAUAUUUCAGUUAAGAUCUUCUUUUACUAGUUUUACACUUACACUAUGUAAAUGUCUCUGCUUAUGCAACGAGUUCGCACUUCUAUCAUUGUGCAAUACCAUAAACCAGAUUUCAUCAAUACUUUGGAGUUCAAAGUUCAAACCUUGUAUGAAAACUAGAUCAGCCCACCUUUUUUGAUGUCAGUGUUUCACACUUCUAAUGAAUACUAUUGAACUGAGUGUGAUGAAAUAACAUUAGAACGUGUGCUUUAUGAUUUUUUGUGUAUUUAGGAAUUUAAAUGGGCUGCUCUGAAGUCUUUAUCAAUGUGAGGUGCUUAGAGCAAGUCCAAGAGAUGCCUUAUAACAUGUUCUAAAUCAUAAUUUAGGGCAUUUGAUGAAAAAUGUUGAUCCAACAAUGUCCUAGUGAUGCCUUAUAUCACUGGGACAACCUCUUCAAGCCUAAUUUAUAAGGCACCUCUGUCCUUGCCCUAUCCUAUAUUUUACAAUAAAUUUUUAUACACACUCCUUUCUCUCUCUACUUUAUAUUGUACUAUAAUGAUGAAAGAGAAGUAAUAAAAUAUUAAACAUAUAUUAAGGAUAAGGCACAUUGUUGGAGUUGAAGUUGGUUAACUAUGUCCUAAAUCACUAAGACAUUAUUUUUUAUAUUAUAUUUAAGGCUUGAACAAGGACAUUGUUGUUAAUGAAUUGGGGUCCUAGAAACAUCGCUUUAGUUAUCAAUAACAGUGCGCGUUUGUCAUAAUGGUAGCUUUCUCCUCGGCUAUGAAUAUCUAGAAUACCUCUCUUUUAGUGAGUGCAUGCUAAAAUUGAUAUCGUUUCAGAGAUAAUCCACUUAGUAUGUUCUUAAGUACUUUAAAAUAAUUGCAUUACCUGGUCAUAUAGGAAAACUUUAUUUCUUUCUUGUUCCCAGCUCUUAGUUUUGGCUCUUAGCAAAUCCAUCAAACCUGCACAGUGAUGUUCAAAUUACAAAACUCUGCAUAGUAUUGUUCACAUUACAAAACUUAUUCAAGCACUGAUCAGGUUAUUAACACUCCUGUACAAUGUGAAUACUCCUAUGUAGUACUUAAGUUUGUGUCAUGGACUUGCAGCGCCUUGAAUUUUGCCAAGCUCAUUCCAGUUCUAAUUGCUGUACUAUAUCUACUUAGGAAAUGCUUUAGCUUUUAUCCAUCACAAAAUUUUGAUAUUACAUUUUGCAAUAUAAAUUAUCUGCAUUCUAUCAUUUACAUAAAUAAUCUGCAUUCUAUCAUUUACAUUUUUUCAAUUAAUGAACUG